CCCCGGCCUAGCUCAGAUCCUCGCGUGUCUUGAUGGUGGUGAGCUAAAGAUAUAAACCUCUUCCACCCCUCCACCGAUAGCACGUUCAACAUCCUUCUCCUCAUCCCUAUCUACUUGAGCCUUAAAGAGACUUCUCGUCCCGACAUUUCCUUUCAUCCAUUUCCUUUCCAUACUUGGGUCUUCACUUCAUCCAAGCUCCGAGAGCACCUUGCCAACUACAACCACUAUAUUCGCACAUCUUGCAUCUAUACUGCAUCGCGAGCGUCGCCAGACCGACACUCCCACGGAUCCGACUAUUUGAGCCAACAUUUCACACAUACCCAUCAUCAUGCUUUCAAGGACCCUCUUCGCCGCCCUCGUGGCCAUCGUUUCGGCCUCGCCCUGCCGUCCUCCCCCCAGCAGCAAGCCCACUCUCCCCAGCACUGGCACCAUUGACCUGCCCGCACCGAACCCCAGCGGCACCCUCAAGGCCAUUGCAGUCGGCCACGGCAUCCAGAACUACACCUGCGCCAACGGAGUUGCCACCGCCACCGCCGCUGGUGCUCUUGCUGUCCUUUACGACGUCACCCCGUUCUACCCGGGGGGACUCAACGGCCUGUCCAAUGAGGGCUUUAACAGCCUGACCACUGCCGUCCUCUGGACCCAGGACGUGCCCCUGAACCUCGUUGACCCGGCCGCCGCCAAGCCCGGCACGCCCGACGCGCCCAACAAGGGCAUGCCCCCUUCGGCCUACGGUGCCGCCGCGGGCAACCCCUUCCGUGCUGCCGCGGACAUCACGCUCGGCGAGGAGAUGCCGCCGCUCAAGUUCCUGGGCCACCACUAUUUCGACGCCGCCGGCGCGCCCACCUUUGACCUCUCGACCCGCAACAUGCGCUUCUCCGUCGGCCUCAAGGAGUCGGUCAACCAGCCGGCCGAGUCGGACAAGGGCAUCCUGGGCACCGGCGCCGUCAAGUGGCUGCUGCUUAACGACAACGGCAAGGGCCAGAGCACCCUGGGCUCCAACAGCCAGGUCUACCGCGUCAUCACCGCCGGCGGCGUCGCCCAGGCGUGCAGCACCGAGGGCGCCGUCCCCAAGGGCAGCGUGCCAUACACCGCCUUCUACUGGUUCUACGGCUAAAUGCGCUCGCGCUUAUUAGCUUACGACAACGCUACAUACAACCAGAGAUGGGCCCUACACACCUAAUGGGGGCGGUGGCUUCUUGGCCUCAUUGACCCCUUUUCGACGUCACUCGCUUCAUGGCUAUUAAUACGCAUACAUGCAUGCGUGGUCAUACCCUGUUCUACUACUUCUCUUCUUCUUUGGAUUAAACAUAAGCUGCAAAGCCAGUGGUUUCUUCUUUACACUUUUUUUAACACCUUUUAUGUUUUGUUUACAUAUGACGUGCGGAUAUACCCACCCAUGGCAUUUGGGAUGAGGACUCUUGUCGCAUUUUUGGAUUGGUUUUUGGCUCUUUUGGUCAGAUGGAGGGGUUUCUGGUUUCGAUUUUGCAUACGACGUCAGGGACAAUUUUACCUAGGCAGAACAAAAUAAAAUGAAUGCCGAGUCGUCUUGAAAAAAAAGGGGACAGUCAAGCUUUCGUGAUGUGCGGGGAUCAUGACCGAGGGCGACUCAGCCGAAACCAGGCACGCCGCCGAUGCCACAUGCCACAAGUCAGUCGCCUGCACAAGGGCCCC